CUGGCUGCAGUGGCUGCUAUAGUCGUGGGUUACUCUGGCUCUGCAUUCAGUCACCAACUGUCCACGCGUGUUAACUAUUCGUUCGAUUUAAAAAUGAACGCGAUAUGAGCUGCGUGUAAAACGAGUUAAAUUUGCGAACGAAUAAAGAAAAUCGUUCGAAAAUGGCUGUGAUUGAUUUAAAAGUUUUUGACGUGAUCCCGGCGAGAUUGAACUUGGGCUUAAUGAUAUUUACAAGCUGCUGGGUCGUGUACAUGCUGCGUGUUAACAUGAGUUUAAAUCUCAUAGCCAUGGUGCCACCGACACCAAGAAAUGUCUCGGUACAAUCGCAGUGCGGUUCAAAUGACGAUGUAAUGGUAAACAAGACUAUACAUAAUGAGGACAUCGCAGAAAUAAGGGAAGCUCCAAGACAGGACAACGGACGCGCACAAUUUAAUUGGUCUACAGACCAGCAAGCAAUGAUCCUAGGCGCUUACUUCUGGUGCUACCCUAUCACCUCUUUAGUCGGGGGCAUGGCUGCAGAACGCUGGGGACCAAGAUAUGUAGUACUUAUCUCCUCACUCGCCAGUGCAAUACUCACAGCUCUCGGACCUGUGGCUGCUAGAUAUGACUACAUAGCACUUAUCGUCACGAGAUUCUUUCUUGGAUUUGCUGGUGGCUUUAUAUACCCAGCCUUACAUGUUCUUGUGGCGCGUUGGGCACCACCUGCCGAGAAGGGAAAAUUUGUUAGCGCUAUGAUGGGAGGUACUCUUGGCACGGUCGUCACCUGGUCAUUAACAGGACCAUUGCUAGAGAAGUUCGGAUGGGCAUCAGCAUUUUAUGUACCCGCAGCUUUAACUAUAAUAUGGUGCGCUUUCUGGUGGUAUUUGGUAGCCGACACACCGAAUGAGCAUCCGAGAAUCUCGGACCAAGAAAGGAAAUACAUUUUAGAUGCCCUCGGAGACAGGGUCACGAAUGCGAAGGGUUUGCCGCCAUUUAAGAGCAUCGUGACGUCAUUUCCGUUCUUAGCGAUGACAGUCCUCCACUACGGUAACCUGUGGGGUUUAUACUUCAUUAUGACAGUUGGACCAAAGUUCGUAUCCAGUGUUCUUGGUUUCGAACUAUCUGCAGCUGGAAUUAUAUCUGCAUUACCAUACCUCGCGAGGUUGUUCUCUGCAACUAUCUUCGGGGCAGUUGGUGAUUGUAUACUUUCGAAAAAAUUAAUGACCACAACGGCUAUAAGGAAAUUCUUCUGUUUGUUCUCGCAUAUUCUGCCAGGGGUUUUACUUAUUCUUCUCGUCUACACCGGGUGUUCCACUGCAUUGUCUGUGACAAUGAUAACUAUGUCGAUGGGUUUCAAUGGCGCCGCGACGCUAACCAACCUUCAGAACCAUCAAGACUUGGCACCGAAUUUCGCUGGGACUUUGUACGGAAUCGCAAAUUUCGUCGGCAGCACGGCCGGGUUCUUCACACCAAUGAUUACUGCCUAUUUCACAAGGAGCGGGAAUAGCUUCGAUCAAUGGAGACCGGUAUUCUUCGUGGGAGCGUCCGUUUAUAUCAUAUCAGCUGUAUUCUUCAUAGCUUUCGGCACUGGCAAUAUACAACCUUGGAACUUCAUUGAUGAUGACAAAGAGAAAAAUAAAUCUAAACCGAACGAAACGAAGGAGAUGAAUGAAAUGACAAUUAAAAAUGAAAAUUAUCGAGAACGUAAGGAAACGAGCUUGAGUGUCGUAACAUAAUUACGCAGUUCACUGUAUUACAAGAUGUCCAUAUAAAAUUGUUUAUCUUUAUAUCAAGU